AUGCAGAUUGACCUCCCAACUGUCUCACUGAAGCAACCAGUCGAAGAGAUUGCAAGCUUGAUUGCUGAAAAGGCACCAGCCGGAGCCUUGUGGGUGGAAGAUUUGCCACUUGUUCCAUUUGGUGAAAUGGGUGACAUGCUUUCCCAGCUCUCUGGCUCUGACGAGUUGGGAAAUCGUCUCAACCAAGCCUAUACCAAGAAUAUGGUCUACAAAGAUGCCUAUGCCCAAGGAAAGGGUGGUCCCACUGUGGAUCGCAAGCGUGUCUUGGAUUUGAGCCCCGAACGAUUGGCAGCGAUUGCAGAAGCUGAUCCACAAGUCUUGGAAUUGGCCAAGGAAACUACAGGCUUCGCACAAGUCUUGAACUUUUGGAAGGAAACUACAGCUUCCACUAACAAGAUCCAAAAAGCCUUGGCAUCAGCGAUUGGAAGCGAUGACAUGUUGGACGAUCUUGCGUUUAACUAUCGCAUGGUGGAUUAUUACCCUCACAAUGACCCAAAAGAGGCUCCACGCUGUGGAGAACACCGUGAUUUUGGAUCUUUUACCUUGAUUCAUACCACUGAACCUGGCCUAGAGCUAUUUAGCAAUGGGCAGUGGUACCAAGUUGCACCCAAGCGAGGAGCAGCCUUGAUGCUCUUUGGAUGGUGCACUCAGAUUCGCUCGAAUGGCCGCAUCCCUGCCACCUUGCACCGUGUGGUGGACGAUCGGGAGUGCGAUGCCAAUGGUGUAGUCCCGCGCCGUCUUUCCGCCAUUUUGUUCUGCGCUCCUAAGCAGCCCGAGACUGUGCUUGAGCCAGUCGUCAAGACGGGAGAUGUUCGUCAAUACAUUGAUGGUAUUCGUGUUGGUCAGUUGCGUGGUAAGAUGGCACGCAAGUGGCGCUACCGUGAGGGAACCGAAGAUGAGAUGGAUCGCAUCUAUGAGGAAGAGGAGAUUCGUGUCACCAAUAUGAAAACUCAAGAUGAUGUCGUUCAAACGUUUGUCGCUGUCUGA